AGGCAGACAAAGAGAACAUGCACGAGAAAGAAAGAGAGAAAGACGAAGGCGACCAAAAGUCGCGGGGUCUCGUCGGCGCGUUUUGGGUUUAGCGCCGUUUUCGCGUGACCGCCGGUUGCGCAUUUCCCUUUUGGGCCGAUGCGGCUUCGAUUUCGCAGUCGAAAAAGACCGACAGUCCGAGAGAGAGAGAAAACCGCCAUGCCUCCCCGUUCGCUACCCCCGCAAUGGGCUCACCUCUGCCGUGCCCUUCUACGAGAAUGUUCCUACCUCCCUGACCCCCUCGCCCGAGCUUACCAUCAUGAUUUCAUCAUGCAGCGGUUCCGACACCUCUGCGAGGAUCCUCGAGACAAGCGACACAACAUCUAUCGACAAAACCAGCUGCGAAAAAAGGCAGUGCAGGGACUGUCGCUGCUACACCGGGCAAAUGAGGGAUAUUCGCGACCCCUCGAGAAAGUCCUGCGACAGGCCUACGGCCGAAAGGGCAAGAAGAGACAGGAAUUGAUCGAUAAACUGGUCCACCCCGGAUUUCCUACCGACCACAUGUCCGUCGAAGAGGUUCUCACCAGGCCGGAAAUUUUCUCUGAUGGAUGGGAACCUCCGCGGGUUAUGGUCAACUUGCUGAAAGCGCAACAAAAUGCCGGCGUGGCCGCCCAAUUGACCCUCAGUGGGCUCAAGCAGCAUGCUCCCGUCAUCCCCGAGACGAACAGCUGGGGGUGGCCGCUCUCCGAGAACCGUCGUCGAAAUAUCCGGAAGAGGUGGUACUAUAAUAGGAUGUCCGACUUACUGCCUCCGCUGCCGGACUCGGAGCUCCAGAUCCUGGAAGGUUUAAUCUCGGGGAGUAUACCUUGGACACCACCGAAGAAGAGGAAAGCCAUCGGGGUCGUUUCCGAGGUCAAAACGGCCCUCAGCACUGAUUUCUUGACGGAGGGUCCGCAGAAAGGCGAAACGCACAGAAAACACGUUGACGGACGGCCGCAUGUCAUUACGCGGCGCUUCAUGGAGAAGCAAUGGAAGCGCAUCUCGUGUCUCGUCCCGCGCAUGACGUACGAUCCGAAUACCCAGAAGCAUACCUUUACGUGGGAUACUAUCUGGAAUGUCCCCAAGCUUGCAUACACAGCGAAAGAGGGGACAGAUGAAGUCUUCGAAGGCGUUGAUAAGGGUGGCAAGCUGAUUAAAAAGUGAUCGCUCAACCGAUGUCGCUGUUCUCAUGUGGAACAGCAUGGCUUUGCAUUCUGCGAUUGCUCCAAGAGUCAUCAACUAUAUCCACUGGAAGGCCAGUACCCGCAUGCCAUCUCAGCAUGAACACCUGGCUUACAUUGCGCUUGGCCUGUGAGCAGCACAUCUGCUCUAUCUUCCUCGGACACAGUCCAGGAACUGGGAAUGUCGGUUCGGAUCAGGAGGACAUCCUAGCUGUACUAUAUCAAUCUCACGAGAACUCUGUAUUAUAACCAAACCUGUACAUAGAUACUUAAAUAACUCAACCAAACCAU